UCCUGUAUCAGCAGGAGUGGUUGAGUGGCUGUUCAUGUUAGAAAAGUCCUACAUAUAUCUGCUUUGACUUAAACAUUUUUUGACUUUAUUACGCUUGGAGACAUCGUUCAGACAUGUCGUCGUUCAGGAAAGCGCUGAAAUCCCGACAGAAAAACCAUCAUGAAAGAUCUCAGCCUGGUUUCAGGAAACAUUUGGGAUUGUUGGAAAAGAAGAAAGACUACAAACUCCGUGCCGAUGACUACCACAAGAAACAAAACACUCUUGCUGCUCUGCGAAAGAAAGCUUUGGAGAAGAACCCAGAUGAGUUUUACUUCAAAAUGAUCAACUCUCAGCUGCAGGAUGGAGUUCAUGUAGCAAAAAAAGCAAAGGAGGAGGUGGAGGUGACAGAGGAACAGAAGAAAGUGAUGAGGACACAGGAUAUCAAAUAUGUGGAGAUGAAAAGGGUUGCAGAGGGAAAGAAAAUUGAGAGGCUGAAAGGAGAACUCCAUCUUCUGGAUGCAGAUAGCAAACAAAAGAACAAACACACAUUUUUUGUGGAUUCCAAGAAGGAUGUCGCUUCUUUUGAGCUGGCAAAUCACCUCAACACAGUUCCUGAGCUGGUGGACAGAGUGUUUAACAGACCAACUUUGAAAACUCUGGAAACUAAGAGCAUCCAGGGAGCCGUACAGCCUAACGUUAUCCAGAAGCUGGCCAGGCAAAGGAAGCACCAGUAUAAAAUUCUUUCCCAGAGAGUUGACAGAGAAAAGAAAAUGUUUGUCAUCAGCCAGAAGAUCCAGACCCGCAAGGACUUACAGGAUAAGACCAAGAAAGUCAAGGUAAAAAAGGAGACACCCAAUGCCGCAGCAAUCUACAAGUUUGAAGCCAAGAGGAAACGCUGAGAGGGGAGUAAUCAGACUGUGGAAAAUAAUCACCACUAUACCACAAUGUGAUACUGGUGAAAUAAUGGACUUCUGCUUUGUUUGAUCACGGCAGAUACACAGGAUACUAAUUUUCCUUCCCUCAAAUAUUGUUGCAGCUGUUUUGUAAAUAUUUAUCUAGUCUUUUUCAAAUAAACAACAGACAAGUA